CUAUCUUUCUUACGUCUUGCGAGAGGGACGGGUGUGUACAAAAUUAUCGAGCCAAGGGGUCUGUCAAGUUGAGAGGAACAGUGGACAGCUGGCUCUUGACCAGGUAGCGGCUAGCAAAAUGACGGCUAAAGUGAUUUCAGGACGCGAUGUGGCAGGUGCGAUCGAAAAUGAGUUGCGGCAGCAAGUCUCCGAGCUCCGCGCCGUCAGCGCGACGUUCAAGCCCCGCCUGGCCAUUGUACAGGUUGGAGGGCGUGAGGACUCCAAUGUGUACAUCAGGAUGAAGCUUAAAGCUGCUGAGAACAUCGGCAUCACCGCUGAACACCUGCGGCUGCCGCGAGACAUCACUGAGGGCGAGUUGCUGAACCAGAUAAAGGCCCUGAACGAGGAGCCAUCCGUGCACGGCAUCAUCGUGCAGAUGCCGCUCGACUCCACGCACGCCAUCGACUCGCACGUCAUCACCGACGCCGUGUCGGCCGACAAAGAUGUCGACGGACUAAACACCAUCAACGAAGGCCGAGCGGCCGUCGGCGACCUAAGCGGGUUCAUUCCCUGCACGCCCGCCGGCUGCAUCGAGCUAAUCAAGCGCGCUGGCGUGUCCAUCGCGGGCAAGAACGCCGUGGUGCUGGGCCGCAGCCGCAUCGUCGGCACCCCCGUCGCCGAGCUGCUCAAGUGGGAGCAUGCCACCGUCACCGUCUGCCACUCCAAGACCAAGAACCUGAGCGAGAUUACGAAGACCGCUGAUAUCCUGGUGGUGGCUAUCGGCAAGCCUGAGCUGGUUCGCGGUUCAUGGAUCAAGCCUGGUGCCGUCGUCAUCGACUGCGGCAUCAACCCCAUUCCUGAUCCCACAAAGAGCAGCGGCCAGCGGCUAGUAGGCGACGUGGCGUACGCGGAGGCGCAGCAGGUGGCGUCGGCCGUGACGCCGGUGCCCGGCGGCGUGGGGCCCAUGACCGUGGCCAUGCUCAUGCGCAACACCGUGCAGGCCGCGCGCCGCAGCCUCGACCGCCUGCGCGCGUCCGUCUGGCCGCUCAAGCCGCUGCGGCUGCUGCCACACUCACCGCCUCCCAGCGACAUCGUUAUCGCGCGCGCGCAAAGGCCCAAGGACAUCAACGAGCUCGCCAGCGAGAUUGGACUCGCUCCGAAUGAGGUGUCCCCGUACGGCCGUACUAAGGCCAAGAUCGCUUUAUCCGUACUACAGCGGUUGAAGGAACAGAAACCCGGGAAAUACAUCGUCGUUGCUGGGAUCACGCCGACUCCACUGGGAGAAGGAAAGAGUACGACACUAUUGGGUCUCGUGCAGGCCCUGUGUGCGCACCGCGGACGUAACGCGUUCGCCGUGAUGCGUCAGCCCAGCCAGGGACCCACGUUCGGAGUUAAGGGGGGAGCUGCUGGCGGUGGAUACUCACAGGUUAUCCCCAUGGAAGAGUUCAACCUCCACCUGACGGGCGAUAUCCACGCCGUCACCGCUGCGAACAACCUGGUGGCCGCUCAGAUGGACGCUCGCAUCUUCCACGAACUCACUCAGAAGGACGGUCCGCUCUAUGACCGCCUAGUUCCCCGCAUCAAGGUUCGCAAGUUCUCCCCCAUACAGCUGCGAAGACUGCAACGGCUGGGCAUUAACAAGACUGACCCUGACUCUUUGACUGAGGAGGAGAAGACCAAGUUCGCCAGGCUCAAUAUUGACACGUCCAAGAUUAUGUGGAACAGAGUGGUGGAUCUAAAUGACAGAUACCUGCGCAAGAUCACAGUGGGUCAAUCCCCAACGGAGAAGGGCUUCUCACGCGAGACCGCCUUUGAUAUCUCUGUGGCUUCAGAGAUCAUGGCCAUUCUCGCGCUGGGCACAGACCUGACGGACAUCAAGGAGAGGCUGGCUAAGAUGGUGGUUGCACUUGAUAAGAGUGGCAACGCCGUCACUGCUGACGACUUGGGCAUGACUGGUGCCAUAAUGACGUUGCUCCGCGACGCCUUCGAGCCAACCCUGAUGCAGUCCCUUGAAGGAACACCCGUGUUGGUUCACACUGGACCCUUCGCUAACAUCGCUCACGGCUGCUCAUCAAUUAUUGCUGACAGGAUCGCUCUGCAGCUGGCUGGACCGGCUGGUUAUGUGGCUACGGAGGCUGGCUUCGGAUCUGACAUUGGUAUGGAGAAGUUCUUCGAUAUCAAAUGCCGCGCGAGCGGCGACACGCCUCACUGCGCGGUGAUAGUCGCGACGGUGCGCGCGCUCAAGAUGCACGGCGGCGGCCCGCCCGUCACGCCCGGCGCGCCGCUCCAUGAAGUCUACGUCAAGGAGAACCUGGAACUGCUGGAGAAGGGUCUGUGCAACCUGCGCAAGCACAUCGAGAACGGGAACAAGUUCGGCGUGCCCGUCGUCAUCGCCGUCAACAGACACGGAAACGACACGGAAGCUGAGCUGAAGCUCGUCCAACAGUUCGCCGAAAAGAACGGCGCGUUCAGAGCGGUCGUCUGCGACCACUGGGCCCGCGGCGGCGAGGGCGCGCUCGACCUGGCCGACGCUGUGGUCGCCGCCUGCGACCGGCCCUCCUCCUUCAAAUACUUGUACCCACUGGGGGGUACUAUACAGGAGAAAAUCCUUACCAUCGCCAAGGAGAUGUACGGAGCUGGUGAUGUGCAGUAUACUGAUGAGGUGCUGCAGAAGAUCAAGAUGUUUACUGAGAAGGGCUAUGACAAGUUCCCUAUCUGCAUGGCCAAGACGUCCAACUCGCUAACCGGCGACCCGGCCAUCAAGGGCGCGCCCACCGGCUUCACGCUCCGCAUCAACGACAUAUUUGUCUCCGUCGGAGCGGGCUUCGUCGUUCCCAUGGUCGGGGAGAUCUCCAAGAUGCCCGGCCUGCCCACCCGCCCUAGCAUAUACGAUAUUGAUCUGAAUACUGAGACUUUGGAGAUUGAAGGGCUGUUCUAAGUUAUCUCAAAGUUUUAUGUCUUAUCGCUGUUGAUGUCUUUGUUACGACUCGUUUGUCGAAGAUCCAUAGAUAUAAGCGAUAAAAACGCUAGUCCGAUACUAGUACUGUAAUAUACUUUUCCCCUCACUAGCUCGGAAACACGUGUUUUGUCCAUUAAUACCAGCGGGUAAAAACGCAUUUUAUGCACUAGUGGGUGAAGUAAUUUGACCUUGAAUAAAGUCAAAAAAGUGCUUUAAAA